AUGUCUAGCCAAUACAGACAACGCGAGAGGUCACCGCCCAGAGGCCAGCGAGGGGUGUCUUUUGAAGGUGUUCCUUCCGAAUCGGGCUCCGUCACCUAUUCCACCUCCGAUCUUGAAGCUCCCCGGCAGCGCCAGCAUAGAACACCGCCGUACCAGGAGCAUCGACAGCACCAACAGCCGGCAUCAUUCUACCCUAUGAACCACUCCUCCGGGUAUCCGUAUUGGUACUCAAACCCCCAAAUGGGCCACUACAACUAUCCCGCCUCAUAUAAUUACCCGGGUCAUGGCAGUACCGGCAUGUACCAUCCGCAAUAUACCCAGUCUUCAUCAUAUUACCAAGCGCCGCCAGCUUCACGCCACCCUUUCACUCAAUCGCCUCAAGAUGCACCAGGUUCAGAUAUUGAAAGGAUACGGCUAGAAGCCGCCUUCAGGGCAAGGAGAGAGAAAGAACUCGAAUCAAGAAUCCGGCAAGACGUCGAGGAAGAGUUCAGACGACAGCUCGAGGUCGCGAAGAGAGCACAAGAACAAAGCAGGCAAGAAAUUGAAAAUGUUCGAGUCGAGGUAGAGAGGGCUACGAGGGCAAAGUUGUUGGCUGAGCGAAGUGCAGAGGCUGAGCGUGAGCGACUCGCGGCGCAGCAAGCACGACGAUUCGAGAAGGAGUUGAGGGCGAAAAUAGAGGCGGAAAGGUUGGCUGAGGAGGCAGCGAAAGAGGCUAGGGAGAGACAGAGAGAGGAAUUUGAGAAGGUGAUCAGGGAGAAGAUGCUCCAGAAUUUGGAGGAGCUCACGGACAUGGCCAAGGGGAAGCUCAUGGCUGACCUAGGAAUGGGAAAGGAGGCUGCACAGAUGCCACAAAAUAUGGGAGUAGACAACGUCCAGACAUGCGGCUCAACAAUUGAAGAAUCAGGAGUCUGGCAACAGACUUCUUAUGCUGGAUCGUCUAUCACGAAAAUCCCUUCAGACAUCGGAGGGCGGCUCCAGAUCGAGGUGCAGAAGAACACGAGCACUUAUUCGGGGAUAUGGAGGGGAAAGGGUCAUCUUACAGUGAGCCUCCUUGGCCGCAGGCGCCCCCGCACGCACCAGAAGUUCCAGGAGUUGGUCCCAGAAGUGAUUGCAAUCCCGGAAGCAUCAGUAGUGGCGGAGGUGGCGGCAGCAAUCGGUAUCACCCCGUGCCAGUUGAGGAGUUGGCCGAGCAAGUCACUCAGCAAGUCAUUGAUCGCCUCAUCAGCCGUGUCGCCGGUCGCUCAUCCUGGGAUAUGCCGGCACAGCAUUCAGCGUCUCACCGUGGCACCGCUUAUUCCUGCCCUUCGACAGCCCCCGAAUCAGUUCACAGCGAGCCAGCCACCACACGAAGUCCCUCUUGUGAGCCUGCUGGCACUGAUUUUGAGACAGGAGGCCGCACUGCCUUCUGGCCUCGGCCAGCUAUACGGUGUCGCUCGUGCGGAGGCAUCGCUGUAUGGUGCGGAUGCUCUUCUGCCCGUGUUGACACCAACGACUGAAGAAGCAAGAGAAAGCGAGCAAGAAGGCUGGAAAUGA